AAAUAAAUCUACUUAACUGCAUCGGACAAACAUCUUUAGGUUAUCAUAACCAGCCAACCGAUUAAAAUAACCAGCUUUGUUGAACGUGCAAACUGACGGGUAUCUACUAACCUAUUUGUUAUGACAUGCUUAUGCCUAACUUAACCUACAAAUUUCAAAUCUGAAAACACAAACAAUUUUUCUAUUUAAUUGGUGUUCAAUUAAAAUUUACCUAAAUAGAAGCCGCAAUGAACGAUGUUCCGGGCUUCGCUAACCCCGAUAAGUCCGUUGACAUGUCGGGGGAUGAAGAUGAACCCACCAAGAAGAAGUCUGGCAAGAAAUCUGGAGGGUUUCAGUCUAUGAAUUUGAGCUUUAAUGUUCUGAGGGGGAUUACCAAGAGGGGCUAUAAACAGCCCACACCCAUUCAAAGAAAGACAAUCCCUUUGAUUCUUGAGGGUAGAGAUGUGGUGGCCAUGGCGAGGACUGGCAGUGGAAAAACUGCCGCUUUUUUGAUUCCAAUGUUUGAGAAACUUAUUGCAAGAUCAGCUAAAGCUGGUGCUAGAGCCAUCAUUUUUUCUCCUACUAGGGAAUUAGCUUUACAGACAUUAAAAUUUAUAAAAGAGCUGGGAAGAUUUAUGGGUUUAAAAGCAGCUGUGAUCCUCGGCGGUGACUCAAUGGAUGAUCAGUUCUCAGCGAUUCAUGGAAAUCCAGAUAUUAUUGUUGCCACACCAGGUCGGUUUUUGCAUGUUUGCAUUGAAAUGGAACUAAAAUUAAGCAGUAUAGAGUAUGUGGUAUUUGAUGAGGCUGACCGACUUUUUGAAAUGGGACUAAGUGAACAAUUAACAGAAAUCGUUAACAGAUUACCUGAUUCAAGGCAGACUCUACUAUUUUCAGCCACUUUGCCAAAGGUUUUAGUUGAGUUUGCCAAGGCUGGUCUAAGUGAUCCAGUUUUAUUGAGAUUAGACGUUGAGUCCAAGCUUCCUGACCAGUUAAAAUUACACUUUUUCAUAGUAAGACCAGAAGAGAAACUUGCAGCACUGCUAGUUCUUCUUAAAAGCCUUAUAAAUCAGAAAGAGCAGACAGUCAUUUUUGCUGCCACAUGGUAUCAUGUUGAAUACAUACAUUUGAUUCUAGAUAGUUUUGGCAUAACAAACACAUACAUAUACUCAGAUUUGGACCCUUCAGCUCGUAAAAUCAAUGCUGCCAAAUUUUCAACUGGGAAAGUUAAAGUUUUAGUUGUAACUGAUGUAGCUGCACGGGGUAUUGAUAUUCCGCAACUAGACAACGUGAUAAACUACAAUUUUCCCGCUAAAGAAAAGUUAUUUGUUCACAGAGUUGGUAGAUGUGCAAGAGCAGGUAGAUCAGGAGUUGCUUACUCAUUAGUGGCUCCAGAUGAGUAUCCUUAUUUGCUUGAUUUACAUUUGUUUUUGGGACGCCCAUUGUCACUAGUCACUUUGGAGAAACAGGACGGAAAUAUUGGAAAGCUUCCUCAAGAUCUUGUUGAGGAUCAGCUCAGUUCUUUAUUGGCUUUGCACGAUCGUCGACCAGAUUUAGUGUCUUCACAGAACACUAUAGAAAACGCUUAUAAACGAUAUUUACAAUCACGUCCCGCCGCCUCAUCAGAUAGCAAUAAAAGAAUCAAGGAACUACCCAUUAAUAUGUGCUCCGUACACCCUGUGUUCAAAAAGUUCAAUAUAAAUAGCUCAAAAACAGAAGUUGCAACCGAGUUAAAAGAAAACAUUUUAGAACAAAUGAAACGCUAUCGACCUCCUGGGACUAUUUUUGAAAUUUGCGGUAAAAACAAAUCACAAGAAUAUUUAAUUAUGAAAGAAAAGAGAGCUGCUCAUAAAGAAAAAAUUGAGUCCCAUAAAAAGCUGGUCCAGGAGAAAUUAGCGGAAAACGAAAGCUUGCACAAACCUGUCACAUCAUUAACAGACAGUACAACUGAAGAUGUUAAUGAUACGUUCUCCAAAGUGAUUUUACCUAAGAAAAGGAAAAUGGAACAACUAUACAAACCUAAGAAACAAAAAACAAGUGAUAAAGACGAUGUUUUUAUUCCGUAUGCUCCUGAGGAUCAACACACAGAACAAGGUUUAACGGUGAACAGCUUCCAAACUGAGGCAAGCAAAGUACAACUCGACUUGACUGGAGAUACAGAGCGGUCUAUGAAAUUAAAUUCCACAUUGAAAAAAUGGGACCGAAAGAAGAAGAAGAUGGUUGCCGUUGAAGAUCCAAGAAAAGGAAAAAUUAAAACUGAAAGUGGUGUAUGGAUUCCAGCUACUUAUAAAAGUAAUAGAUAUGCCCAAUGGAAGGAGAGAACAAAGACAUCUCAGACUACACAAGAGGAAGAUGACGAUAAUGAUAGUCAACAACAAAACUUCAAUAAACCUAAACGUUAUACCCACUGGGCCAAACAUAAUGAAAAGGUGAAACAAAAACAGAAAACGUCGGAAAUGAAGAGCAUGGACCAGAUUUUGAAGGCAAGAGAAAUCGCGGAGAAGAGGAAGCAGAAGCUGAAGCGAAAAUCAAAGUCUAAAGGCAGAAAAGGCAAAAAACGCAAUUAAAUUUUUGUUUUAUAUUGUUAUUAAUAGUGUUAAUAUUUUUUGCCUUAAAUAAAAUGUUUUUAAUGGUUA